AUGGAUUUCGCUACCCCAGCAAAGUUCGACGUGUACGACGAGCCAAACAACGUGGCUCAUCGCUGGGAAAGGUACGUGAAAUCAGUCAAAAUCUAUCUCGCCGCAAAAGGAAUAAACGCUGCUCCACGACAAAGAGCAAUCUUACUUCACUGUGCAGGCAACGACGUUCAAGACAUUGCUGAGAAUAACAUUACGGACACGGGAACAGACUUUGCAACUUUAACAAGUAAACUCACCGAAUAUUUCGCGGCCCAAAACAAUGUCGUCUUCGAAAGAUACCAAUUUCGCCAAUGUACACAACUAGAGGGUGAAAGAGUCGAUUCUUGGCACACCAGACUUCGCAUUAAAGCCCGAAUGUGUGAAUAUGACAACCAAACUGAUAGUAUAAUCCGAGAUCAAAUUGUCGCUUGUUGUUCUUCCACUAAACUCAGGCGUAAACUGUUGGAAACUCCAAACAUUUCCUUGCAAGAGGCACUAAAGACCGCCCGUUCACUCGAAGCCGCAGAAAUGCACGCUAAAGCCAUCGAAAAGAGCGAGAUAAGCGAAAAUAACAACCCAGAAAGCAGUUCCGAUGAACUCUCGAGUCUUCGUCAACACCGGAAGCCGACCGACAAACGCAAAAAGGAACCGGACUGGGUCGAGCGCGCCCGGAAACAGGAACAGCAACAAACUCGGAAAUCGCCGCCACAUGAGACAUGCUACCGUUGUGGCGAACUAGGACAUCGCAUAUGUGAUAAAGCCCGAGGCAAGACAUGUAGUCGUUGCGGAAAGAGAAAUCACUUCGCAAAGGCAUGCCGAAGCACCCAGGGCCCCCCAGCACGUAAUGACGAAAUGAAUGCGUUACACCGGGGGGAGACUGCCCCUGUUGAAUCCGCACAGUAUGUUGCACGCGAUAGCAGCGAAGAGGAAAUUUUCACCCUACAAGCUCCCCACCCCGAUAACAACAAAAACAAUGCUAGAAUGUCUCUCCUACUCAAUGGUUUCCCCACAACAUUGCUCGUUGACUCGGGAGCCAGCGUCAACGUGCUCCCUUUUCAUGUAUACCAGAAAGUCAAACUACAGGGUUCCAAGCCGGAGCCUACGUCCACAUGUAUCUACCCAUACGGCAGCAGCCAACCUCUCGAGAUUUUGGGCGCGUGUCACAUCACUGUGGAUGCAUUUGGCAAAAGGUCCUCAGUAGAAUUUGUCAUCGUCAACCAUAAGGGUACCACCAUCCUGGGCAGAGACACGUCCAUGGAAAUGGGCAUUCUUCAUGUGGGACCACCCAAUCACCACACUCACGGUCUGCACAACCUCGCGUACGUCUGAGCAGGAAAACACCGCAACCGAAAUCCACACAGAUGCAGCAGCGUCCCAAACCACACCAGCUCCUCGUCGCAGCCUCUUUCCCACAACUGAACAACAAAAUCCUAUCCCUGAACCAGCAUCAUUACCCACGUCGCUACGACAGAACAACAUCCUUUCCAAGUAUCGCAAGGUCUUCGAGGGACUUGGCCGCGUCAAAGGGGUUGAAGUCGAAAUACAUAUGAAAAAAGGUACCACCCCUGUUGUGCACCCCCCUUCACGCGUGGCAGUUCACCUACGAGAGGCGCUGAAUAAAGAGCUCGACAUCCAAGAGUCACUUGGCAUCAUUGAGCCAGUAGAAGGCCCAACACCUUGGGUGUCACGUAUCGUCGUCGUCCCAAAGUCUACGCCAGGCGAGGUUCGGAUCACUCAGGACUGGCGCGACGUCAACGCACACGUCGAGCGAGAGAUUAAGCCCAUACCCACAUUUGAAGAAGCCACAGACGAAAUGGGCGGUUCUACCAUCUGGUCAAAGCUGGACAUGUUCAAGAGUUUCCACCAAAUUGCAUUGCAUCCAAAUUCCAGAAAGUACGCUACUUUUUCCACACCAAGGGGUCUCCGCAGAUGUACCACUCUGGUAAUGGGAUUCACCAACGCUUCAGAAAUCCUCCAACGAGUAAUGAGCAUGGUAUUGUCAGGUAUGCCCGGUGUAAGAUAG